UCUAGCGACCCGAUAACAUCGAUAGCUCGAACGGUCUCAUCACAACAAGGCAAUCUAGUGAAAUUAUGAGCGUAAAUUACGAACAAAAUGCCGCUGAUGAGCAAUUUGCGAGAGCACACAAGGCUGUCAGCUUGUCAGAUGACGAGGAAAGUGAAAGCAAUGGAGAAGGACUCUCGGAAAGGCCCCAGGAACCGCCUGCGACAUCCAGCAGUCUGGCACAGGAGUUCUACGAGGAGCCGGGUGGAAAAGGUGGUGGUGGUGGAGAUGGCGAGACGCAGGAGGAUGAAGCUGCCGGCGGAGCGGCAAACACACAUGUGGUGGCCACCCACUACAACGAGCUUAAGGAGGCCGGACGCAAGGACCGGCAAAAGUCAAAAAUCUUCUUCAUGCGAAACUUUAACAACUGGGUCAAGAGCCAGCUGAUCAACGAGUACAUGGCGCAAAUUAAGGAACAGAAGCGCGUCGGUGAUGCUCUUCGCGUGCUAGACAUGUGCUGUGGCAAGGGCGGUGACCUGCUCAAAUGGGAAAAGGCGUCCAUCUCGCAUCUCAUCUGCACGGACAUAGCUGAGGUUUCAAUAGAGCAGUGCCAGCGGAGGUAUCAGGAUAUUCUGCGAAGAGCCGAGAACUCAAAGUUCAGCAACAAGUUCACCGCCGAAUUUUUCGCCUGUGACUCGACACUAGUCCGCUUGCGUGAACGGUACAAGGACCCUUCUUUGCAGCUGAAUCUUGUAUCCUGCCAGUUUGCGUUUCACUACUGUUUCGAAUCGCUGGCCCAGGCCGACUGCAUGAUGCGGAAUGCGGCCGAGUGCCUGAAGCCAGGCGGCUUCUUUAUAGCCACGAUUCCGGACGCCUAUGAGAUUGUUCGAAGGCUGAAGGCAGCCGGUCCAGAGACGCGCCGCUUCGGAAACGAUGUCUACAGCAUCGAGUUUGACUGCGAAACAGAUCCACUGCCACUUUUUGGAGCAAAGUACCAGUUUCACUUGGAGGGCGUCGUUGAUUGUCCCGAGUUUCUGGUGCAUUUCCCAACGCUGGUGAAACUGGGCCGUAAAUAUGGCCUACAGCUGAUCCGGCGUUCCACCUUUUCAGAAUACUAUAAGGAGACCCUGCCCAAAGGUCGGCAGCUCCUGCAGCGUAUGACGGGCUUGGAAACGGUUCAAACCCAGCGACAUGGUAGCGAGGAACAGUUCGCCCAUAUUCGGAACUUCCAGGCAACGCAACGCGGAAGACCGCUGGGUACACUCUCCAAAUCAGAAUGGGAAGCAGCAACACUUUAUCUGGUUUGUGCCUUCAAAAAAUGCAAAAACUCUUGGGAUACCAAUGGCAAACCCGUGUUUGAGUUUGACGACUGAACAGCAACCAGCCAAUUAUACGUAAAAAGAGUCCUUUCAAGUCCUGUUUAUGGUGGCCCAAAUAUUUAAAAGAUCAUACUCGAAAGCGUGAACAGAUUGUAUUUUUAGGCAUUUUAUAUGUGAAAGUGUUUAGUUAGAUUUUUAGAUUUUCAAAUAAUUACAGAGGUUUCUUUACUAAAGUUUUCACCUUUAAAAUAUUUACACUGAUUAGCUACAAGAAUUUAUUUCAAUUAAAGUUAAAAGAUUGUUUGAAAACUGUAUGAAUAUUAUAGAUCAACAUGCAAAUAUAAAA